ACGUCUUCGUCAGGUCAUGUCAAGGGGUCGGUUUGCGGUACUAUGAGGAGGAGAGCUGUUACAGUCAUCCGUUUUCGAGGGUAGUCGAGCCCUUUGGGUCUUUGUAGUCGGGUGUUGUUAAUUAGGCCAUUAAUUGGUCCAACUCUGCACAUUUGCUUUCUGCUCUGCGUUCAUCUGACGACGGAAUGGCGGAUUGGAAGAUGCCAGUAAAUUACAACUUCAACCCGUCUUAUCAUGCGUAUGCAUACGGGCUCGUGUACCCGCAAGUGUCUGAGCACGGCCACCCGAAUCUCAGCUGGGCCGAGGCCGCGUACACUCACCCCGGCGGGGUCACCACGACCUAUUACUCCGCGCAAACCGCACAGCAGUCGCCGCCCUGGAGCCCGGAGAACGGCAGUGCCAGCGCCUACGGCCACUAUCCGAGCCACGCGCAGAACGGGCGGCUCUUCCUCUCCUACAGUAAGACUGAGUCCGAUCCGAAGCCGAAAGACGCAGAGCAGGCCGGCAGCGAUACACCCAGUGAUUCAGAGGCCCAUACGCCAGCCUCUGCAGCAAGAGAGGAGCCAGUGAGCCUGAAUCUGGGGGUGGAAGCCUUGCCUCCACUGCCUGCAUUGACCACAUCUCCAGCCCGACCUCCAACCCAGACCCGCAAGACCCGGGCUGCCUUUUCUGAGGAGCAGAUGAGUGCUCUGAUCCACCGGUUCAAUAUCCAGAGAUACCUCACGCCCGCAGAGAUGAAGACGCUUGCUGGAGCUACGGGUCUAACGUACAAACAGGUGAAAACGUGGUUUCAAAACCGUAGGAUGAAACUCAAGAUAAUAAAAAAAAAUGUGAAUUCUAUGGCAUUUGCAGGCCCGGCUCCAGAAUCAAAACAGAAGUUGCUUUUGACGUUAGUGAGGGAUGAUGGCGCCUCCAUGAUGAUGCAGAAGGGCACUUCAAGGAACAGUUUGGUCCCUUACACCCUUCAAAGCUCUCACUCCGGAGGGUAA